AUGGACUACAUUUCAAGUUUCGACAUCCGUCUCGCUAAAGAAAUUUUCUAUGCCGGUGAACGAAUCAAUGGAAGUGUUCUGCUUGAGAACACCGAGAAUAUCAAGAUCAAAGGGAUUCGUGUUCUGCUUCGGGGAAAAGUUCAUGCCACAUUGAAAGUCGUGAAAUCCGGUGAAUCGCGACGAUCAAAGACGAUCAGUACGUGUUGGACGAGAAAUUACUCAUCUGGGGAAAAGGCGCUGGCUUCUUUGGUCAUCUUAUACGCCGAAUCGCUGUUCAAGAUACCCGGCAUUGGAUAG